AAGAUUACUUUUUGGUUACAUAAUCAUUUCAUAGUUGAUCUAAAUACUAGUUUUUUGAUUGCAUGUGUAAAACUUACCUGUGAGUAACAGUUUCAAACAUGAACACAAAUAAUGGUGAGAAGCUAAAAGCUGCAGCUCAAGCAGGCAACAUAGAUCUCCUCUACGCAGUAAUUGAUGAUGAUCCAUUCAUCCUGGAGCAUAUAGAUUCGAUACCAUUUGUUGAAACUCCUUUACAUAUAUCUGCAGAUAUGGGUCAUCUCCAAUUUGCUACUGAAAUUAUGAUGUUGAAACCUUCAUUUGCUUGGAAGCUAAACCCGCAAGGAUUCAGCCCCAUCCAUCUCGCUAUGCUAAACGACCAAAAACGUCUGGUUUAUUGCUUCGUGAACAUCAAUAAAGACCUUGUUAGAAUUCAAGGAAAAGAAGCCAUAACUCCUCUUCAUUUUGCAAGUCAAAUUGGUGAGGUUGAUCUUUUAGCUAAAUUUCUCAAGUUGUGUCCGGAAUCCAUUGAAUAUUUGACUGUGAGGCACGAGACUGCACUGCAUAUUGCUAUUAAGAAUCAACAAUUUGAGGCCCUUCGAGUACUUGUUGGCUGGCUGAGAACACAUGUAGCGAUAGGUGCGCAAAAGCUGGAAAAUCAAAUAUUAAACAAGAGGGAUGAGGCAGGCAACACCAUUUUGCAUAUUUCAGCACUAAGUACGGAGCGCCAGGUAACCUUAUUGAAUAACUAAAAUCACAUGUCUCCUUUACAUAUUUUGUUCUGAUCUGGUAUGACCAAAAUAGAUGGUUAGACUGUCGGAAUCCACUAUAUGGAGGGAUCGAGUCUUGAUCUAUUUGCCGUUGGCUGGGUUUCGUUGAGCCGUCCGUUGAAUGUCUGUAACACCACUUCUAA